CAUACGAGAAUCGUAGCCAAAAUCUAAAAAUCGCCACGACUUGGCGUUCACUUCAUACCUCUUCUAUAGGAAACACCGGAGAAAAUCGCUCGGGCUUGAAAACAAGACCCGCCGCUCCUGAAAGGGGAAAUAUCAAACAGAUGAUUGGCCGCGUGCCCGCCCCGCUCUACUUCUGCUUCUCGCUCCCGGGUUAAACGCGUCUCCUCUGACCAAAACCAGACACACACUCCCACGCGCAAACCACAAGAGAAACAUUGCUGCUGGGACGGGACGAGACUGAUCCUGAGCUCAAAGGUGCUGCUGGUUAUUUCGAGGAAUGGGGCGAUGCUGGUGGUGUCUACAAACGUUAACGAGCACAGUUCAGGGCAAACGCCGCAACGCUGCACCGUCUGCCAGUGAGGUCACCGUGGCACAAAGCGAAGCGACCUGCGGCGGAGAUUCCUUGACAUUACGGCUGCUUUGUUCGCGUGCUGAUUGAUGCAAAGGCGCGCCGCGUCGCGUCGGUUUGGAUGAUGUUUUCUUUCUGAACGUUAUCGAUUAAAAAGUCAACGCGCGCAGGUACUGACAUUUGCACUGAUGGAUCGUGGAUAAGUUGUUAUUGAUGAACGCGGCGGGACUGUAGCACCAAGGGAGAAAACGAGAGCCUACGUUCAUAAUGACAGAUCGGGUUAAAAUCUAUAUUUAAUACAAUACAUCAAGCUCAGUCAUCACCAAAGUAUAAGAACCGUGAGGUAAAACAAUGGCUUUGGUCCUCUCUAUGAGCCCUUUUUGUGAACCUGAGGCCGAAGCCCCAACAUCAAUCUAUCAGCCGAUUUGGGAGUCCGAGCAUUGUAGCAAAAGCUGCGUCUCCACCCCCUCACCACCAGGGGGCGAGACUCAAGGGGUCGUUGAAGAGCCCCAUUAUAAACGAACCCCUCGUGUGAUGGAUCAAGUGGCCGUGUCACGUAUCUCUUAUUUCAAGAGGAAGUUUGUUGAAGAUGAAGAACCAGUAAUGAGCUUCAGAAGUUACUGUCACACUCAGGUGUCUCCGGUGCUGGAGGAACGUGCUCACGUUCUCCGUCUCUCUCUUGAGAAGCUGCGUUACAUGGAUGACCCCGAGUCCUUCUUAAGGCGCUCUGUGCUUAUCAACAACCUCCUACGACGUCUCAGAAAUGAAAUUCUCCUUCAGAGCGACUGGUGCUUUCCAGGAGGCCCUGAAGCCACUCCCUGCCCCCUGCAAACCCCAGCACCCAACACACCUCUCCCACCACCCACCUUGCAGCCGUGCGUGACGCCACCCGGUCCGUACCGCAAACGCCUGCGAAUGCUGCGUAGGGAGAGGCCGGAGUGCGUCCCCACAUGCUGCUGCCUAUUUGCAGCCGGGCGUUACCUUCAGCUCCCCCUGUCUGUGUAUGAACGGGACACAUACUCCAACUCUCAUCCUUCAUCAUCAUCAUCAUCAUCAUCACUAGUUAGAUUUCCACAGCUGUUGGAGGAGGAAGAGGACAGUGAUGAUGAAGAUGAGCUGGACUCUGCGUGUCCCGUGUUAGGACUGUGUCAAGCCGAAAACACAGAGCAGAACAGAAUGUGUGAAGGACUCAGGGAACAGAGCAACAGAACCUCAGAGAAAGAGCGGGAGAAAGGGAAAGAGAGAGACAAAGAGAGAGUUAGAGGAGGGGAAGCUACAUUAAGCGUUUCACAACGAUGGCUUUCAAACACUAUGGGUAGUGGACAUAACGCGAGGGGGAAAUAACAUUAGAUUUUUGCUGUGGAAUUGAGGGGAAAAGUAUUUUCCAACAGCUUUAAAGAUUUAUUACAGGACACAUUUUUCAGUUUUUAGGUACUACUUCUGGAUUACUUAACACAACGAUCACAAAGAACAGCAAAUAGAUAGAUAGUCUUUUGCAAAAGCCACCAUACUGUGCCUUAAAAGUUUUCAUGUUUAAUAUGUUUGUGGAAUUUCUGCAUAAUUGUGGCUAAUAAUUGUUUUAUUCACAGAGUUAGUACCAUGUGUGAAAGAUUCAAUUGUUAAAAUUUGUAAAAAAAAAAGUUUAAGUUAACUCUUUCCCCGCCAUUGACGAGUUAUCUCGUCAAUCCGCAAUGCCUCUUCCACAACUUAUAAAACCCGGAGGUAUCGCCCUAGGGCAAACAGAUGUAUGUUCGUCUAUGUUUUGAGGAUCGCUCUGCAUCUGAUCUCUAUCAAAAGUCCUUUACAAAAAUGGAAUUAUCUCAGCUUUUUGCUCAAAAUUAUAUAUUAAUAUAUAUUAAUAUUAUAGUGAUAAAAAGAGAACUUAUAAAAAUAAAAAUAGGAUGAAGCGGUUUUUUUUUUUUUUUUUGCAUUUUCUGGGAGGCAUAACAUUUUUAUGAAAAUCAUGAAAAAUGCUGCCGGGGAAGAGUUAAUUUAAAGUAUUAGCCCAUUUUCUUAAAAAAAUCUAGAUCAUUUACUCACCACCAUGUCAUCCAAUAUGUUGAUGUCUUUCUUUGUUCAGUCGGGAAGAAAUUAUGUUUUCUGAGGAAAACAUUCCAGGAUUUUUCUCAUUUUAAUGGACCCCAACACUUAACAGUUUAAAUGCAGUUUUAAUGCCAAGACCAGACCCUUUUGCCUCGUUUGGGAUCAUUUGGAGUCCUUUGAAACUGCAUUAAAACUGUUUAGUGUUGGGGUCCAUUAAAGUCCAUUAAAAUGAAAAAAAUCCUGGAAUGUUU